AUGGGGAUCAAGCGGGAUGGCGUGGCAACUGGAGUGACAAUCAGGGCCAAGGCGGGGUUGUAUAGGACGUAUCCGGUCAACUAUGAGCCAUUGGAGGAAUUCGAGGAUGCCAUCUCGCGGCUGAAUCCGGAGGUCGCUAUCAAGGUGGACUCGCAGAUCGUCCGGAAUAUCAUGCGGACAUACAUCGAUACUACACCAGGCAUGUCGGAACUCAUCAUCGACGCCAAUACCCGUAUCCAAAUCCUCGACACCAUUCCCCAUCUCGCUCGAGCCCGGAAACACCAGUAUGCCGCAUUUGUCCGGUCUGAGGGCGUCCUCGUCGUCUGGGCAGAUAUCGUUGACAAUAUCAUCGGGGCGGCCGAGGCGCUCGAGGAGUCACUGAUCCACUUCAUCUGGCGGGGAGAGGAGGAGAACCGGAAAGCCAACCAGGCGAUCCAGAUCGCUGAGGAUGAGAAGAAGGAAGCGCUGGAAGAUGGAGAGGCGGUUGACACGAAGGAGGAGGAUAUGGACCCGGAGGAUGUGGAGAUGAGGAGAGUGAAGCGGCAUUGGCGGGAGAGGCCAACUCGGCUGAUCGCGCCUAUGAUCGAUGGAUUGGGUAUCAUCGUAUGUCUGGCUAUUAUUGCUCUAGGUAUCAGAACACUGGUCAUCGAGUACAUGCUGGACGGGUCCGCGCUCCGAUUUGUCCUCGUCAUCUUCGCUCCCGCUCUCUGCUGCGUAGCUGCCUUCGCCGCUAACUGCUUGGUAUCAUCCAUCUGGCAGAUUCUUGGGCCGAUUAGGCAAUGUACCCAAAACUCGAUCUACUUUUCUGGACUGGCGCCAAAAAGGACGAUGGGGGAGCUCUCGCACGUUACGAUUCAGAUGCCGGUGUACAAGGAGAGUCUGGAAGAGGUCAUUCGGCCUACCAUCGAGUCGCUCAAGAGGGCCAUCACAACGUACGAGCGCCAAGGCGGUAGCGCCGGCAUCGUCAUCUGCGACGACGGUCUGCAGCUCCUCUCGGUCGAAGAAGCCAACCAGCGUCGUCGGUUCUACUUUGACAACAACAUCGCAUAUGUCGCUCGGCCAGGACACAACGUGAACGGCUUCAUUCGUAAAGGUCGAUUCAAGAAGGCCGGUAACAUGAACUACGCCAACAACAUCUCGCUUCGGAUCGAGGAGGUACUGGAUGAUCUCCGACCUGCCGCUCGCGCCCUGCUUCCCGAAGAUCACUUCUGGUCCGAUAACGACGAGAACGGGCUAUACGAUACUGCCCUGGCUCAAGUGCUCGAGGAAAAGGGCGGCGAGGCCUGGGCGUCGGGCAAUCUCCGGAUCGGUAACAUCAUCCUCAUUAUCGACUCGGACACUCGAGUGCCGGAUGACUGCUUUGCGGAUGCGGUCUCGGAAAUGGCAGAGUCGCCCGAAGUCGCCAUCAUCCAGCAUGCUUCCGGCGUCAUGCAGGUCGCUCACCACUUCUUCGAGAAUGGUGUCGCGCACUUUACGAGGGGUAUUCAGACGGCCAUCUCCUACUGCUGUGCCAGUGGAGAGGUUGCGCCAUUCGUCGGACACAACGCCUUCAUUCGCUGGAGCGCUCUACAAGAGUGCAUGUUCACCGACCCCGAUGAUGGAGUUCGUAAGAUCUGGUCAGAAGAUCACGUAUCGGAAGAUUUCCAGAUCGCUGUGUCUCUCCAGAUGAAGGGCUACGUUGUACGCUGGGCGGCUUACACCAACGGAGAGUUCGAGGAGGGAGUCUCACUUACUUGUGAUGAUGAGCUGAACCGAUGGCAAAAGUACGCGUUUGGCUGCUCUGAGCUGGUCUUUUUCCCCUUGAGGUCCUGGUUCCGCCGCGGCCCCAUCACUCCGCUCUUCCACCAGUUCCUCUGGUCCAACAUCCCCAUCCACUCCAAAGUCACCAUCUCGGGCUACAUCUUCUCAUACUACGCCAUAGCAUGCGCCUGGUUCUUGACCGUCGCCAACUACUUUAUGAAGGGCUGGGAUCUCAAUGUCGACAACUACUACCUGCCCUCAUGGAACAUCACCCUUGUCUGUCUCGUGCUCUUCGGCGGUAUCUGCAAUGUCGCCUUCAUUACGCUGCGAUAUCGGUUAAAAGCACCCGACGCGGCGCAGAUGAGUGCUGCGCAGAUCAAGUGGAUACCUUUCUUCCUGAUCUUCUUUUCGGGGAUGAGUCUGCCCAUGUCCGCGGCCCUAGCCAGCCAUUUGGUCGGAUACAACAUGACAUGGUCAACAACAAUCAAGACCGUCCAGAAAUCCAACUUCUUCCUCCAAGUCCCGCUCAUCUGGAAACGGUUCUACCCCCAGCUCUCCUUCUUCGGCGUCAUGCUCACAGGCAUGAUAGUAAUGGCCACCGGCACCUUCAUCCCCGCCGGCUGGAAAAUCACCUCCAUCGAAGUCAUCGUCCCGCUCUCCCUCAUUGGCGCCUGCCACAUUCUCUACCCAUUCGCCCUCAAUCCGUGGUUCCUGUCCUUCUCGUUCUAG